AUGGCACAAGUGGUUUCUCCAAGCACGUCCUCAAGCAGUACUGAGAUGAUAGCCAUUGCAGUAAUUGUAUCAUUUCCUGUAAUGUCAAUACUAAGUGCACACAAAGGUGCAGUCAAGUCAUUGUUGUCACUUGUAAUCACCUUCCUCAGGCGCAGCUCUAAACAUACCAUUGCACAAAAACAAGAUAACAAUUGUGUAGAUCACUUGGCCUGUGUAAUUUGUCUUGGCGAUAUUUCUUGGGGUGAAUCGCGGCGGGUGCUUACCAUAUGUGGACAUGGAUUUCACACUCAUUGCAUUGAUUCUUGGGUAAAAAUCAAUUCAAUUUGCCCUCUCUGCAGAAUUCCGGUGCCUGCUAAUAUUUCUAUGCGAUGUACCAAAAAUCGCUUUGUUUCGUCGUUGAUAUCUGCUGUGGAUAACAUUUGGAAUUGGUUUCUCGAUCCGCUUAGCUCUGAGGUCAUAGCUUCCCUUUCUAAUAUGGAAUGCCUAAGCUAA